AUGUCUGCAACCAACUCUAUUACUGUCCAAAAGCUGGAUAUGGAAAUCUAUGCGCUAAAGCAACACAUUAACGAUAUUCAUCAGGUGAUAAACCAGCAAAGAACACUUCUCCAAGACGUGUUAACUAUUGUGGAAGACACAGUUGUUACAACAAAUUUGCAUUCGGAGUUAAUUACCAAAUCCACUGAGUUGCACCAAAGUCAUGACUUAUUUAAGCGUGAACUUCUAUUUCUGCAUGACCCAAUAUUGUUCCACACACUUGCUUUUCUUGAUGAAGUGCAAACUGGAAUGAUCGAAUUGGCAGGGGGACGCAUACCUCUGUAUUUUGUAUCCAAGGAUAUUGUUCAUGCAAUGCUUGCCAAUGUGGAUGGAGAGACAAUUGAGCCUAUGCAAUUAAAUCUGGCCUUUGAGAUGGGGAGCGCUAUACCUCUCUUAAUUAAUCCGGAACGUAUGGAGAUUUGCUUUUUAUUGGCCAUACCAUAUGUAACUCACAAAGACAUUUUUCAAAUGAAAACAAUGUACUAUGUUAGAAAUGAUGUGAUUGCACAAUAUGUCUGGUAA